CGGAAGCACUCGUCAGGAUCAUCCAGCCGAGUGUUCGAUGUCGCUGAGUCAAGUCAUUUGCAGCUAAACUAGUGUCCAUACAACAGCCUGAGAUGUGGUGGGUGCUGUGGCUGCUCGGGGCUCUGCUGGCUCUGUUUUCCUGCCUGGAUGUGUGGUACUUCCUGCGGGCCGGUGUGGUCAUUCUCAAAGCCUGGUUCCAGCCUCCAGUGUUCGACAUCACAGCAGAGCAAAUCCUCUCGGGCCGCGUCACAUUCAAUGACAUCGACAUGUGUCAUAUGAACAACGCUCGCUAUCUCCGAGAAUGUGACUUUGCCCGCUUUUCCCUGUAUACUCGUAACGGUGUGUUCAAGGCUGUGCGAGCUCUGAGGGCCAAUAUGGUGGUAGGGGCUAACACUAUUCGGUACAGGAGGGCGUUGUGUAUUGGAGAAGCGUAUGAGCUGAGGAGUAGGAUUGUGACAUGGGAUGACAAGGCCUUCUACUUGGAGCAGAGAUUUGUGUCAAGUAAAGAUGGAGUGGUGUGCGCUGUCAUGUACUGCAAACAGUCAGUUAUACGCAGCACCCCUGACCAGAUCAUGCAACAUCUGUGCAAGAGGAAGGUUGAGGUCCCUGAAUUCCCAGAGGAUCUUCAGCACUGGGUGAGCUUCAUCUCGGCGAGCAGUCAGGCCCUCAGAGCUGAGAGUGGACUGGAUGACAAGAACAAAUGAAGACCAUUUAUCUUCUAUUGUUAAAAGUCCUACUGGUAAAAGGAAGCUGUGUCAUCUGCUUUCAGUGCAAUAAUGGGUACAGUGUUGUUGAAAUGCACUACUAACAUGAGCGACAAUAAGUAAGGUUUAGUACAGUAAGUUUGAUGUUUACAAAGCCACAAAAAUUACUGUAUUUUUCUACUUUAAUAAAAAAAAAACGAACUGUACUGUGAUGAAAAUGUAUCCUAGCCUUAAUGCUAACGCUGCUGUCUACUUAAAGAUCAGCUAUGAGAUGCACUAAAAUUGUGAAAAGGUGUUUGAUUGAACUUGUAUUAAUAUGUUAGCUAUUUAAAACCUUUAGAUAUAUGUGACUACUGUAUCUUAUUUUAAAAAAGGAAAAGCCUACUUGUGCCUUGAUACUGUUGUUGAUGGUAAUAAAUCAUAAAGGAUACACAA